ACUCGACAUAUGGCGACCAUGUCUGCCAGCAUGUUGUGCUCCUGUCGCGAUUUAGGACUUCUCCAAGCUAUGCCAGUGUCGGGCGUCAAUGGCGUUCCGUUAACCUUAACGGCCGUCAUGACCCUCGACUCUCCAGGCGCACAUGCAAAUGUUUUAUUAUGCGAUUUAUUUUGAAAGUUGUUAGUGAUCCUAUUCUCUUAUAUCUCUACUGCCCCCUUCCUGUCUCUUGGGCCCAGCGCUGCCUCUGCGAGGGAAGAUUCGAUGUCGGACUCAGGCCAACCCUUACCCAAGUUUGGUGAAUGGGAUGUCAACGACCCUGCUUCUGCAGAGAGCUUCACUGUAAUAUUCAACAAAGCCAGGGAUGAGCGCAAGACUGGAAGCAACAUUCAAGGAUCCAACUCUCCCUCCAAGGAAGUGUCUGAUAAACAUGGAACCACUCAUGCCGCCGCCAAGUCUCACUCAAAUAAAUGGUGUUGCUGCCUAAAAUCUACACCAGCAGAAUCCUGAAGGUUCGAAGGCUUUGAGAAACAGAUCAGGCUCUUAAAAGAAUCUUCUUGAACCUUUUUUGUUGUAUUCUAGUUAAUGUUUGUCCAGUGGAAAGGGAGUUAAGCAUAGUGAUUUGUGAAGGAUCAAAUAAAUUUUUUCAUAUGUAUAUUAAUGGAUACUGGAGGAAAGCACCAGAAUUUCUCUUUAUUCAUGUUUGAUCGUUUGUUUCA